UCCUAAUUCCUAGUUCUCUCUCUUGUCUUGUGUCUGGCUGCUGCGGCUGCGCAGUCAACAACAUAUCUCACAUCUUUCUGCAAUCACUCAGCACAAUGUCUCCUCCCAAUGCUCCAAAUCCAACCUCUGACCCGCUCUCCACUGCCUCCCAUCUCACCCAUCGUGAGCUUCUCUGCCGUCGUCUUCGCAACACUAAACGUCUUAUCAAAAACUACAGACGUAUGUAUUGGGCUCUCAUCGAGCAAGUCAGGAUCAAGCAUAGGCAAUAUGUUACUGAGACCGGUCGUAGCCCUUUCGAGGAUGAACCUGAUGUUGUCGUUGACAAUUACACUAACAUAUGUGCUUUUCAUGGUUGUAUGUCCAAGCCUAUGCCUUGCACUUCAUUCUGCUUUCCGCAUAUUCUCUCUGAACCCAGACAAGUGCUUUAUAAGCCUUGCACUUUUGUCAUCGCAAGGUUACCAGGUGGACCUGUAACAUGCAAGAAACCAACAGUGAGAUCUACGACUCCGUCGUACUGCACUGUCCACAUGCAGAAGGCUGAGAUGCGUCUUGCUGUGGCAUUGAAGAAGGCGGGAAUGAAAAUCUCUCCCAUGGGCAAAGGGAAUCCUAAAUUUCAUGAAUUGGUGCCUGAGUUUGUUCGUCAAAUUCAGGCAAAAAGAAGGGCAGUGAGGGGAAAGGGAUGUAAAGCCGUUGCUAAGAAGGAUGAUGACGAUAAAGAGGAAAGUGAAAGUGAAGCUAAGAAAGAAGAUGAUAUAGUUGAGGAGUGAGGAAGAGGAAACAAACGUAAAUAAUAGUCCCUGUUAUAAACUUGUUUCUUUGUAGCAAUGUGAAUGACAGAAGAUGCUGAAUAAUCUUGUUUCAAUUUGAGAAAAUAAAUCGAAACUAUUGAAUAAAUAGUUUUCGGGUUUUAAAUAACUGGUUUGUUUUUGAGUUUGAUUUACUUUUCAGUCA